UUGUAAGUUUCUGUCGGGAGUAUUUCUAAGAAUUCUGUAGGCAAAUUUGACAUGAAGAAAAAAUGUAAGCGUAUUUAAAUGACUACCAGUCUAAAUAACACUUAACUCAGCGUUGGCAGCAACUGAAGUGGACUCAUUUAAGUAUGGGCUGCCUCAUUUCUUCGAUAAGUUUUUUCCUUUUAGUAUUUGCUCUCCAUGGAAUAUGUGACGGAUAUUACAUGAAACCAUACUCAGGUGGUGGAUCAGGCGGUGCGAAGAUUCCCCAACCGCCGAAGCCACCCAUCAAGAAACCGAAGCCGCCUGUCAGGGCAACAAAGCCUCCAACAACUAAGCACGCCCACCAAGUGGUACGCCCGCCCCCCACGCCCAAGCCUACGGUACCCCCAGACGUGUCGAAAGGCGGCAGCAAGGGCACGCUGAAUCGCGGCGUGGGCUGGGGCAUCGAGUUCAACAUCUUCCUAUGGGUCGAAGUGGCUGUGGUUACCGAACAUUACGCGCCGGUGUACGUACCGACGACGACGCUGGCAUCUGUUGCUGAAGUCGUGUACUACACCGACCCACCCGCGGCCAAAUCCGGAUGGGGUGACUUGAUCUUCGCUUUCUACGACUCCUCCGCAUCAUCCGGUAAGAAAUGGUCCAGCGGCAGCUAUGCCAUGCGAUCAGUGGGUGGUGGCACUGACGACACGGACAACUCCAUCAUCGCUUUCAUCGUCAUCGGAGUGGUUAUCACAGUCGCCAUUGGUGGCGCGCUGUACUGGCGGCACAAGAAGCAGCAGGCCCUCGGCGCAGAGGAGGCGGACGAGGAAGCUAAGGAGGAGCCAGCGGCGGCGGAGGAGGGGGAGGGGGAGGAGGAGAAGCCAGCACCGGCCGAGGAGGCAUGAGGGUAGCCGACACCAGACCGAUGGCUCGCGCGCGCGCUGGCCUUCAGCUGGCUGCGUGGGCGCCUGCGAGACGGCUGGCUGGUCUCUGCCUCAGCCACCCUGCUACUGUGUGCUGACCUGAACGAAAACCGCGCGAUUUGUUUCGGUGACUGGCAAGGCUGGUUAGAAUUGCAUUCAACGAUUUUAGACAAGGCAGCAGUACGUUAAGUCGUCAUGAAGGGCCUCUGGUGUCGGUAUGUUGUAUUUGCCUUAAAAUGAGCCUCCACCAAUGCAUGAACCCAAAAUCAUUCUGGCAAUAUGCGCACGUAAACUGAAAUUAUAAUAUACAUCGUUCAGCAAGAAAAUGCGUAGCAAUUCACAUAAGGACAGCGGUUUCCAUUACACAGAGCACGAAAUGUAUGUGAUGAGAACCUUCAUUGUUUCUUGUACAUAAACACCAGCACUUU